ACUAGGCCUCCAUUUUCGUUGGGGAUGAAACGUCGCGAAGCACUAGAUCCCCGGACACCAUGAAUCCCAGUUGCAGCGCACCAAGUACUCAGUCGAAGCACAGUUGAAGCUCAAGCUCUCUACGCAUAUAUUUCUCUUUUGCGUCUUUAUCGAUCAAUGGAUUGUAUAUGCAACUAAGAGAUCUAAGAUGGCGAACUACCUUGCUCAGUUUCAAACGAUCAAGAACUCGUGCGAUCACAUCAUAAUUGCCGUUGAAGAUGUGAGUGAUUUGUGGCCUACUGUCAAGAGCGGAUUUGAGGAGCGGUUGCCCUUUAAAACGGCUUGUUUGAAUAACAAGACUCGCAAUGCUGUGUUUGUGGAAAAACUGCCCGCUGAAUUUAUUUUGACGACUGAUUCUAGACUUCGUAGUCGAUCUCCUCAGGAGCAGUCCUUAUUCUGGUUUCGAGAGCCAUAUGCAACCGUGGUUCUUGUUACAUGUGAGGAUCUUGAUGAAUUCAAAACCAUCCUUAAACCACGUCUGAAGUUGAUUGUUCAAAAUGAAGAGCGAGAAUGGUUUAUUGUAUUUGUGUCUAAAGCUCAUCCGGGCAAUGAUCAGGCUACUAAAAUGGCAAAAAAAGUAUAUGCGAAGCUUGAAGUUGAUUUUAGCUCAAAAAGAAGAGAGAGGUGCUGCAAAUUAGAUACUCAUGGCCCUGAACCAAAUUUUUGGGAAGACUUGGAGUCCAGGAUUAUGGAGUCCGUUAGAAAUACAUUAGAUAGGCGGAUACAGUUUUAUGAGGAUGAGAUACGCAAGCUCAGUGAGCAACGCUUCAUGCCAAUUUGGAACUUCUGUAAUUUUUUCUUUUUGAAGGAAAGUUUGGCUUUUAUGUUUGAGAUGGCAAAUCUUCACGAAGAUGCAUUAAGGGAAUAUGAUGAGCUAGAACUCUGCUAUCUGGAAACAGCUAAUAUGCCUGGGAACCGGAGGGACUUUGGAGGUGUAGACCGUGGUGAUGAUCAGGCAACACUGCUUAAUCCUGGAAACAAACCGUUGACACAGAUUGUUCAAGAUGAUUCAUUUAGAGAAUUCGAAUUCAGACAGUACCUCUUUGCCUGUCAAUCAAAGCUUCUAUUCAAGCUGAAUCGUCCCUUUGAGGUUGCAUCGAGGGGUUAUUCAUUUAUAAUUAGCUUCUCCAAGGUCCUCGCAAUACAUGAGAAUAUGCUACCUUUUUGUAUGCGAGAAAUUUGGGUUAUAACGGCUUGCUUGGAUUUGGUCAAAGCGACAACUUCUCAUUAUAAUGAUGGACUUGUAGCACCUGAUAUAGAAAAGGAGUUUUACCGCCUUCAGGGUGAUCUCUAUUCACUAUGUAGGGUUAAGUUCAUGAGGCUUGCCUAUUUAAUCGGUUAUGGAACUCAUAUGGAAAGAAGUCCCGUCAACAGUGCUUCACUUAGCAUGCUACCUUGGCCAAAGCCAGCAUCCUGGCCUACAGUUCCACCUGAUGCUUCAUCUGAGGUGCUUGAAAAAGAGAAGACAAUUCUUCAAGCUACUCCUAGAGCAAAGCACUUUGGUAUUCAGAGAAAACCGUUGCCUCUUGAACCUUCUGUCCUUUUACGUGAGGCUAAUAGGCGAAGGGCCUCCCUUUCUGCUGGAAAUAUGUUUGAAAUAUUUGAUGGAUCAGAUGCAAUGUCAAGGAUGUCACCUCAUAAAACAAGUACAGUUACGAUGUCAAGAACCAACUCUUCACCAGGAAAUUUUGAGAGCUCAAUUGAUCGGCCUAUGAGACUUGCGGAGAUUUAUGUUGCUGCCGAGCAUGCUUUGCAGCACACAAUUUCUGAUGCUGAUUUGUGGAAAUGUUUGUCAUCUGUGAAUGAGUUUGAGAAAAAAUUUCUGGAGCUAAGUAAAGGUGCUGCUGACAAUUACCACCGUUCUUGGUGGAAAAGACAUGGAGUGGUUCUGGAUGGUGAAAUAGCGGCUGUGUCAUUUCAGCAUGGAAACUUUGAUCUAGCUGCAAAGUCCUAUGAGAAAGUUUGUGCCCUCUAUGCUGGCGAAGGAUGGCAAGAUUUAUUAGCUGAUGUCCUGCCUAACUUAGCUGAGUGUCAGAAGAUACUUAACGAUCAAGCUGGCUACUUAUCAUCAUGUGUGAGAUUGCUUUCUUUGGACAAAGGCUUAUUCUUGAUGAAGGAGCGCCAAGCCUUUCAGGCAGAGGUUGUCCGUCUUGCUCAUAGUGAAAUGGAAAACCCCGUUCCAUUAGAUGUUUCAUCAUUAAUUACCUUUUCUGGCAAUCCCGGACCUCCACUAGAGUUAUGUGAUGGGGAUCCUGGUAAACUCUCUGUAACACUUUGGAGUGGCUUUCCGGAUGAGAUAACUCUUGAUUCUCUCAGUCUUACUUUGAUGGCCACAUUUAAUGCUGAUGAAGGUGCCAAGGCCCUAAAGAGCUCUGCUUCUAUUGCACUGAAGCCUGGCAGGAAUUCCAUUACUCUUGCUUUACCCCCACAGCAACCAGGUUCUUAUGUGCUGGGGGUUCUUACUGGGCAGAUUGGUCAACUAAGAUUUAGAUCUCAUAGUUUCUCCAAAGGUGGCCCAGCAGACACUGAUGAUUUUAUGAGUUUUGAAAAGCCAACCAAGCCUAUCUUGAAGGUAUUCAAACCAAGAGCGCUGGUUGACCUUUCAGCAGCUGUUUCAUCUGCUUUGUUAAUAAAUGAAUUUCAAUGGGUUGGGAUCAUAGUAAGACCUAUCAAUUACUCCCUCAAAGGAGCUGUAUUGCAUAUUGAUACUGGUCCGGGUCUGAAGAUUGAGGAGUCACGUGUCAUUGAGAUGGAGAACUAUGCCAAUGUGGCAGCAGAGACUGCUCUAGAUAUGGCAAGAACUGAUGGUUCUCCGAAAGAUAGUCCCGUGGAAAACUUUGAGCAAUUGAGUUCGCAAGAUGGUAGCAUAGAGUUUCCAGAUUGGGCAAAUGAUGCAACUUCUAUUCUUUGGAUACCAAUUUGUGCUAUCACGGAUGAACUUUCAAGAGGAUCAUAUUCAGUAACCCCACAGAGACAGAGCAUUGUGGAUGGCAUGAGGACAAUAGCUCUGAAACUUGAAUUUGGAGCGUCUCACAAUCAGAUAUUUGAGAGGACAAUAGCAGUGCAUUUCUCUGACCCUUUCCAUGUGAGCACUCGCGUGGCAGAUAAAUGCAAUGAUGGUACUUUACUUCUUCAGGUUAUACUGCAGUCCCAAGUGAAGGCCGAAUUGACAAUCUAUGAUGCUUGGCUUGAUCUACAAGAUGGAUUUAUUCAUGGUGGACCAGGUGACGGAAGACCAACUAUUGGCUUCUUCCGUCUUGUGAUCUCUCCAAUCUCUAGAGCAGCAAUUUUGUUUAGUAUUUGCUUAUCAAAGACAAUUAGUAAAGAUGAAGCCAAGGAAUUGCGGCCAGAAAGUAUAUUAAACAUCAAAUACGGAAUAUCUGGUGAUAGAACUGUGGGAGCACACCAGCCCGUGGCUGUGGAAUCCACACAACAUGAGGGUGCCAGGCAGGAUUUGAUCUUCAAGAGCGCUCUUGUAUUGCAGAGGCCCGUGCUUGACCCAUUCCUGGCUGUUGGAUUUCUUCCUCUUUCUUCUAAUGGCCUUAGAGUUGGGCAACUUGUUACCAUGAUGUGGAGGAUUGAAAGGUUGAAGCAGUUUGAGGAGAAUGAAGAUCAUCAACACAAUGAUGAGGUGCUUUAUGAAAUCAAUGCCAAUUUUGAAAAUUGGAUGAUUGCUGGGAGGAAGAGAGGGCAUGUUUCUCUAUCCACAAAGCAAGGUUCAAGGAUUGUUAUAUCUAUAUUAUGUGUGCCGCUGAUGGCGGGCUAUGUUCGUCCUCCGCAACUUGGGCUGCCAAAUGUUGAUGAGGCGAAUAUAAGUUGCAAUCCUCCUGGGCCUCAUCUGGUGUGUGUCUUGCCUCCUCCUCUCAGCUCCUCCUUCUGCAUCCCGGCAUGACCUUCCUCAUCCUGCUUUCCGGUUGUUCCAGGUCGAUAAUCUUCCACUCAACGGCAAGUUUUUCCCUGUCCAUCAAAUUACAGUUAGAGGGAUCAUAUGUAGGUAUCCAAUUAUAAUUCCUCUCAAAACUUGUAAAUCUAUUAACUGUUGAAACAAUGAAAAUGCUGAAUGAUUAGUUGCUCUAGCGGAUUUGAUUCAGGGAUAGUUGAGCUCUUUACGUGUUUGUAACUUCGUCUCGUAUGCAACCGAACUUCAUUGUCAGAAAUCAAAGUCAAUAGUUUUGUGUGGAUGCCA